AUGUUGGUGGUGCGGUUUUGUUUUAUGGUAUGGGUGCUAAUUGGUAGCAUUUACGUAAAUUGUACUGAGCGAAAGAAAGUGAAAAAGCGCGAUCUGGAAAGGUUAUACGAUCAGUGGAUAGAGAACGAUGACGAUGAAUUGGAGGAGGAUGAAUUGCCACCGUACAAGCGGAAAACACAGCAACCGGAUCUUGAUAAGAUCAUGAAACAGGCGAAGACACCGGAAGAAUUAAUGAUGCUAUCAAAGAAGGGACAGUCUGUGAUGAUGUUUGUUGGUAUCGGUGAUGUUAAUGGCAAACGAGCCGAGAAAUUUUACACGGAGAGGUGGAUUGGGACGUUCACAAUCGACGAUAAUCGUGCAAUCUUCAUGUUUGCAGAUGGAUCGAAAGCAUGGGAAGGAAAAGAUUUUUUAUUGAAACAACCGCAAGUAAGUGAAGUAUCGCUGGAAGGACGACAAUAUCCUGGACCGGCUUUCAAGAAGGAGAAAAAAGAGGAAUUAUACUCAAUUUCAAUUUUUCCUGAACAUGUGUUGAUGGAAAACUCGGUUGAUUUUGAAGAGUGGCAAUUGUCGAAACUUGAUCAUUUUUUGGCGGUAACAAAUAUUCAUGAUACAGAAGUAGCUCUAUCACUAUUAAAAUCUUUAAAUUGGGAUAUGGAGAAGGCAAUCGAGGAACAUUUACUGGACAAUACGGAAAGUCUUUCGAUGUCAUCAUCAGGGUCUGAUUUUAUUGUCAUUGACAGCAGUUUAUCGAAUAAUGAACAUAUUGAGAGAUCGAUGGAUGAACCUACAAUUAUUUAUAAUACGAACUGGAAUACAGCUAUAGCAUCACUUCCUGAUGAUAAUACAAGUGAGUCAGAUGACUCAUAUGAAGUAAUCAGUAUUAGUGAAGGAACCAGUGCUGUGAGCUAUGCAAAUGUCAAAGCAAAUAUAGAUGAUAGUGAACAAUGUGAUCUGAAAAUUAGUUUUAUUCUCGGAAGUUCACCUAUCGUGACCGAUUAUGUGAAACAAAAAAAUGAUGAACAUUGA